AUGUUUCGUCUAAGAUCUCUUCAAUCAUCUUUGGCACCACUAAGGUCCUCAACUCUCACAAGACCAGUUAUUCUAAAACCAAGUAUAAUAAGCACAAGAUUUUACAGUGAAGAAAGAUUAAGUGAUUAUGAACAACUUAUUUAUAACAAAUUGUAUAAAGAGUUAACUCCAGAAUCUUUAGAAGUCAUGGAUAUCUCUGGUGGUUGCGGCUCCAUGUUUGCUAUCAGUGUCGUUUCACAAAAUUUCAAAGGUUUAACUAUGAUCAAACAACAUAAAUUAGUUAACUCUAUAUUAUCUGAUGAAAUUGCUAAAUGGCAUGGUCUACAAUUGAAAACUAAAGCUCCAAAAUAA